AUGAAUUCAGUGAAGAACCUCGUCCUGGAACAGUGGGACUACAACGUAAUCCUCGUGGACUGGGAGCUCGGCGCCAGCAUGCCCUAUCUGCAAGCCACCGCCAACAGCCAGCUGGUGGGACGGCAGGUGGCGCUGCUGGCGGCCGCACUGCAAGAUAUAGGCGCUAGUGUCGCAGACCUCCACCUGGUGGCACAUAGUCUUGGCUGUCAUGUCGUCGGGUAUGCCGGAGCGCGGACUCCCGGACUGGCGCGAAUCACAGGCCUCGACCCUGCCCAGCCCUACUUUGAGGGCACGCAGCCGGAGGUUCAUCUGGACGCUACGGACGCUGAGCUGGUGGAUGUGAUUCACACGGAUGGCAGAAACAUCAUCUUUAUUGGCAUCGGCUUCACGCAGGCUUGCGGAGACGUCGACUUCUUCCCCAACAACGGGAAAAACCAGCCGGGCUGUGGCGACUUCGAGGAGAACAUGGCCGGACUGAUCUACGACCUGGAGACUCUCGACAUUAAAGACAUCAAGCGCCUGUUCGGCUGCUCCCACGAUCGCGCUCACGAGCUGUUCGAGGCGACGCUGCGCGAGCAGAACUGUCCGUUCGUGAGCUUCAGCUGCCGCGACCACGCCGAGUACGAGUCGGGGGAGUGUCAGCGGCUGGACACGGCAACCAUCGGCCGCAUGGGCAUGGAUAGCGUCCGCUUCAACCUCAGCGGCUCCUACUACCUGGAGACCACGAACGACGAGGGCGCCUUCUGCAUGCACUACCUGGAGGUGCUGAUCCAGCUCGGAGAUGACCAGGAGGAGAUACACGGCAACAUCGUCUUCGUCAUCGAGAGUAGCGGCGCGACGUCGGACCUGCUGCCUGGCUGGAGUUCGGGAACAGCGGUGACCCCGGGAGCUGAGGUCCGCACGACGCUCCACUCGCCGGUCGACCCUAGCGACCUGGCUUCGCUCCACUUGACCUGGCACGCGCAGGGCAGCGGCGGCCCGCGGGUCCUGCGGCCGGCGCGGCUGAGGGUGCGCCGUGUGGACGCCGAGCUCCGGGUCACGACUGACGAGCUGUGCAGUGACGCGGCUGAGGUCGGCGAUAAGGAGACGGUGGCGUUCCGACCGUGUGCACCGGCAGGUCACUGA